AUGAUGGCCCUAGUGCCAUCAAAUAAUAAUAGUCGUAAUGCAAAUAAAGAAAAGAUUCGAGAUGAAUAUCGUCGUACUAUGAAAAAAUUGAUUAUAAAAAAAGAACAAGAUAAUCAAUCGGAUACGAAUAAUUUAACACAAAUGUUAGUUCGAACAGAUAAUCAUGAGAGAACAGACAAUGUAUUUAAUAGAAAUAUUAAUUCUACAUUAUCAUUUAAUCAAUUAAAUACUAAAGAUUCACAUCAACAAAUACAUGAUGAGACGAUAUUUGAACAAGUUUAUCAAUUUGAACAAUUCCGUGACGGAAUACCAAUAAAUUCAACUCAUCAAAAACAAACUGAAAGUAUGCCAAUAAUAUCAAUUGCUACUUCAUUUAAUAAUCGUAAUCAUCAAAUAAAUCAUGAUAAUUUUGGUAUUCAAUUACCAUUAAUUGAAACACAUCAAUCACGACCAAUAACAAGCAAUUCUAUAUCAAAAAGAACAACAGAACCACUUGGUAUUUUACCUCUUAAACAUCAACGAAAUCCUUCUAAUCCUUUGAUAUCAUUAACAUCAGAAGAUACUAAACAAAAUCUUCUUUAUCUAUCAGAAUAUGAUACUAAUGCAAAAACUAUUCAAAUUCCAUCUGAAUCAUCGACAUCGAAUUCAUCCAUUCAUAUAAGAACUUACAACAAUGAAUCUAACAUAUCGAUUCAUCGUCGUGAGAUAUCAAAUAAAUCUUCUCAAUCAAUAUCUCAUACUUCAAAUAUUGAAUCAUCUAAUAAUCAAAUAAAAAAUGGUAUUCUUAGCCGUCCAUUACCUACACCAGAAUUAAUAUCUGAUAAUAAAAAUAUAUAUCGUUUGAUUAUACAAGAUGGUAUAACAAAGGAUCAAACAGAAAUUUUUUUACAAUAUCGACAAUUUUAUUAUUUUAUAUGGGGUAAUAUUGUAAAAAUAUUUCGUAUGUUAGAAAAAAUUAUGUAUAAUUAUUUUGUACCAAUUGCAUUGAUUAAUGGAGAAAAAGUUGCUGAACUUGCACAAUCUAUUGAAAUUGAACGUAAACCAACAUUAGAAGAACUUCUUAGUACAAUUAUUAAUCGUGAUGAUAUUGAAAAGUUAAUCAAACAACCGAGUCGUCGUUUUCGUGGUAAAAAUGGAAAAGAUCGAGCAGCUAUUAUAAUUCAAUCCUGUUGGCGUGGUUUUCAUGCUCGAUAUAUUUAUAAAGAUAUAAAAAAACGACGAUGGGCUGCACAUAUAAUUGGAUCAGUCUGGUUGAAAUAUUCGAAAUUAUCUAAAAUUCGAAAACAAUUAAAAUUAAUUCAUCAUCGUCAAUUAGAAUUUUUUCAAAAAAAACAAAAUGAAUUACGACAAAAAUGGUCAUAUAUAUCAUCACAUCGUCGUACUAUUGUACAUAUACCAUCAUUAGGUUUAACUGAAUCUAUACGAAAAACAUUAACUAAUUUACCUUUGAAAGAAAAUUAUCAAAUAGGACGUUUAUGUGAAUUAGAAGAUCCUAAUAUUGAUAUUAUUUAUGUAUCACCAAUGUCUGUUAAUGAUGAAAUUUUACAAUAUUAUAAUAGAUUGAUAAAUUUACGAGAUUUAGUUGAAGAAGGAAGUGAACAAUCAGUGCCUUCAAUACCUAAGAAUGCAAAUGAACGAUUUAUAAUUAUUGUACCAGAAGCAUUACAUAGAUUUCCAGGACAUAAUAUGUGUUUAUCUACUAUACUUAAAUAUAGUCCAAAAGCAUUAAAACAAAUUAAAACUUUAAUAAAAGAUCGUUCAGCUUAUCUUGUAACAGGUAUUUCACAUAUGGAUGAUCUUUAUAUAUCAGAAUAUCUUAAUAUUCCUCUAUAUGGUUGUGAACCAGAAAUAUCAUAUUUAUAUUCAACAAAAUCAGGUUCAAAAAGAAUAUUUAAAUCAAGUAAUGUUCCAAUGCCAUUUGGUGAAUAUGAUAUAUAUAAUCAAAAACAUCUAUACGAAUCAUUAGCAUAUUUAAUUCUUGAACAUCUUGAUGUUCAACGAUGGAUAUUUAAAAUUGAUGAUCAUUUUGAUGGACAAGGUAUUGCUUAUUGUGAUAUUUCGAUUUAUCUUCCAUGUUAUAAAGAUAUUUUAAAAGAAGCUGAUAAAUGGUCAAAUAAUAAAUCUUUACAAGUAGAAAAAAAACAUUCUUAUACAAAAAUUCUAUCUGAAUUAUCGGAUGUUCUUGAUAAACAUACAAUUUAUGUAAAUAAAACUCAAUUUAAUUCUUGGCAAACAUAUUUAAAAUUUUUUUUAUCUGAAGGUGGUAUUAUUGAAGCAUAUCCACCAUCAAAUUCUGUAACAUCAAUAACAAUAUGUCUUUCUAUUGAACCUAAUGGUUAUUAUUCAUUAAUUUGUUCCGGUGAUCAACUUCAUGCUGAAUCUCAAUUUUCAUGUUGGGGUUUAUCAUUUCCACAAUCAAGUAUUGAUUCAAAUCAAUUAAAUAAUUAUUGUUUAUUAAUUGUUGAACAAUGUAAACAACGAAAUAUAUAUGGUUAUAUUGAUAUUGAUUUUGUUGGAUUUAUUGAUAAAAAAACUAAUGAACAAAAAUUAUGGAUUACUGAUUUAUGUAUUGGAUAUUCUGAACAUAUAUCACUUUAUCGUAUUAUGCAAUAUACUACAAUAGGACAAUUUAAUUCACAAACACAUAAAUUUAUUGUUAAAACUAAACAAAUUAAACAACGAUUAAGAAAUUGGCAAAAUGGUGCACCAGAAUAUACAAUUAUUGAAAAAAAUCGUUAUGCUAUUUGGAGUUCAAAAUUAUAUCAUAAAAAUUUAUCUAAUAUUCAUUAUAGUAUCUUUUUUCAUAUGUGUCGUUCACAUGGUGUUGGUUUUGAUAUUCGUGAAAAACAAGGAAGUAUAUUUACUUUAUAUGAAUGUGAUCAUCAUGAACAUAUUGGUAUGAUUACAAUUAGUGAUACAUUACAAAAUACAUUAACAAAUUUUGUUUGUUAUUUAAAUACAAUUUAUCAAGAAAUUACACCAGUCGAUAUGAAACAACAGAGUAAUUUUAUGUUAGCUGUAAAUGAUAUUGAAAAUAUACUUGGUAUAACACAAGAAAAUAUUUCAUUGAAUACUAUUACAUCUUGA